AUGAGAGAGCAGGGAGCGCCGCCCCAGCCGUGGCCAGCGAUUCGGCCCAUAGAAGACCCCUUGAAGCCCCGGCAGGAAAGCGCUGAGCCCUGGGGUGUUCCCCCUGUUCCCCGCUCCCUCCGGGGCUGCCAGGGCACCAACCAGGCUGCCCAGCCGCGGCUGCCAGCCAGGUCUGUGCCCCGGGCGCAGAGAGUACCGCGGACGGGAUGGGUCUACAGAAACGUGGCCAACCCGGAGAGCGUCUCCGACCAUAUGUACAGGAUGGCGAUGAUGGCUUUGGUGACUGAAGACAAAAGCCUUAACAAGGACAGGUGCAUACGAUUAGCUUUGGUUCAUGAUAUGGCUGAAUGCAUUGUUGGAGAUAUUGCUCCUGCAGAUAACAUCCCAAAAGAGGAGAAACACAGGAGAGAAGAGGCAGCUAUGCAACAACUGACCCAGCUUCUAUCAGAGGACCUCAGAAAAGAAAUCUGUGAACUCUGGGAAGAAUAUGAAAACCAGUCUACUGCAGAGGCCAAGUUUGUAAAGCAGUUGGAUCAGUGUGAGAUGAUACUGCAAGCAUUUGAGUACGAAGAGUUGGAAAACACACCUGGCAGACUGCAGGAUUUUUUUGAUUCUACUGCUGGGAAGUUUGUUCACCCAGAAAUACUCCAGCUUGUAUCUCUGAUUAACACAGAAAGGAAAAAAAGAAUAGCUGCCCCAUCUCAUCCACAUUCCUGAAGUGUUCUUAAAUGCUGUAGCCAUAAUAAAUACUUU